UGAUUGAUGGAUGAAUACUAAUUCCCCUUUUGAAGUAGUUUUGCACCCAGUUUUGUUUGACGAGGGGUAUAAAAAGGCCAUAACUUUCACCGAUUCUUCAUCAGUCGCCGCCACACUUUUUCCCAUUUACUUCAUACCAACUUUAAUUGAAAUGGAGUCCACAAAACUUUUCGUUUUCGCCACUCUUUUAGUCUCCGCCCUCGGAGGGAUUGUCCCCCGCAGAGCUGUUGUCCCAAUUAACGACGGAAAGUACUUGUUGGAAACGAGGGUAACUUUGACUGGAAUUCUUACCGUCAAAGUAACUGUUGAAUCGAAAGGGUGGGUUGGAUGGGGAAUUUCUCCAACUGGUGAGAUGGCUGGGUCGGACAUGGUCAUCGGGGGAUUUAAUGCGGACACGGGCGAAGCCUAUAUCGGGGAUCGCUUCGCAUCAGGUCACGGCGUUCCAGCUUUGGACACGAUUCAAAACGUAGAGCUUAUUUCUGCCUCUGAAAAUGCUACCCACACCAUUCUUGAGUUCUCUCGAGCUGUUGAUACGGGGGAUGUUGACCAAGAUCUUAGAGUAGAGAACGCAAUUCAACAUAUCGUCUGGGCAGCGGGUGAAACUGACGAUUUGGCCUAUCAUGGGCAAGUGGAUCGUGGCCACAUUCAUAUAAAUUUGAUGGACGGCUGAAAACAAUUAUUGUUCAUGGCUAUUCUAAAUGCGAAUAAUAAAACGAAUUACGCUAAUCAAAAUAUGAUUUGUGUAUGGAUAUAUUUUAGUUAAAUUAGCAUUGCUACGCAGUAGCAUAGAAAAUAUAACAAACUUCUGGAUUGGAUAAAAUUUGAAAAUGUAAGUUAAAUGGAACUAAAAUAUUAAAAUGGACAGUCGAAUGUGGGAGAUAACU